AUGACCGCUCCCACCCGCAAAAUCAACCUUGUCCGAAUAGCACACAUUAACUACACCUACCAAAAUCUCGAACGAGCCGAAGCCUUCUUCCGAGACUUUGGCUUCGUAGAGGCCUCUCGCGAGGGCACCCGCAUAUACUACCGGGGCUACGGCCCGGAACCCUUCGUCCUCUGCGCCGAAGCCGGUGCCAAAGACGGCUUUGGCGGCGCGGCCUUUGUCGUAGAGUCCGAGGAGGAUCUCAUGUAUGCUUUCAAGACGCUCCCCGGGGCUUCUGAGCCGUAUGAGUUGAGCAAGACUCCUGGCGGGGGCCGGUGCGUCACGUUCGAGGGUGGUGUUGAUAAGUUUCCCUUUCACCUGGUUUUCGGGCAGGUGAUGCGGGAGAAGGCGACGGUCUUCCCGGAGCGAGACUUUAAUUUCCCGACUGAGAAGCAUAGAGAGGCGGGCACAUUUCAGCGGUUUGAUAAAGGCCCGGCACCUGUGCACAAACUGGGACACUUUGGCGCAUGCGUGACGGAUUUCCAGAAAACAUACGACUUCUUCACGACUCGAUUCAACUUCAUCCCCAGCGACCUUGUACACGACGAAACCGGACGUAAUGUCACAGUCUUCCUACGACUCGAUCGCGGCGACGAACUGGUAGACCACCACUCCUUUUUCUUCUUUGAGGGCCCCAAAUUCCACGUCCACCACGCCUCGUUUGAGACCCACGACUCGGAUCUGCAGUUCCUCGGGCAUGACUGGCUUCGUGAGCGGGGCUACGAAAAUUGCUGGGGCGUUGGGCGGCAUGUUAUGGGAAGUCAAAUAUUUGACUAUUGGUUCGAUCCUAGUAAGUUCAUCUUUGAGCACUACGUCGACGGCGAUCAAAUGAAUAGUUCACACCCGCCGAACCAUUCCAAGGCGUCUCCUGAUAGCCUUCAUAUCUGGGGGCCUGACCUCCCGGAGGGCUUCUUACUCUAA